AUGCUCAAAAUGAGAACAGGCUGCUGGACGUGUGCAGGGAAUUUUACAAAAGAACCAAAAAUGUUAGACUGCCGAUUUCAUACUUCUUCCACUCGACUUGAUCACUAUAUCGCAAACACUUUAAACCGCAUACACAUUGUUCCAUGCUUAUCUUCCAACGACUUGUACCAUAUUCUAAGCAUGAUUUACGAGAAAAAGUACAAAGGCGACUCCAUUUACCACUUAAGCAUUGUCACUAUUCAUAUUUUCAGCUCUUUGUUCGACGAUUCUAGCCCUAGCUAUGUUAAAAUUUACCUUUCCAUAUUCAUGUUUAGAACACAGUCGUUUUCUUUCUUUUGCUUUGAGGGACCUGGCCAUACACAUGAACUGUGCCAUUUUUGUACGUUUAUGGCUCCAAUUUCCUCAUUAUUACAUGUCAUUCCUGUAGGUUUCAAACUUUCAGACUCAACUUUCAAUUUCAAACGUGCGUUUGUUAAUCCGCUCACCUAUUUGCCAACUCCAUUCCGCUACUUACACGAGGCUGUUUUUGACCCUUUUUUGGAGACUGACAAUGCUGUAUUUUCCAAACUUUCGGAGCUUUGGCACUCCAUUGUUGACACUAGGGGCCAAGGUCGUCAAGGGCGCGAUGAGUGUAAGUUUUCAGACACUCGUCUCAAUCUUUACUUAGGGGUAUCCUGA